AUGAUCAAGUUUACCUUCGUAGCAUUGCUAGUUCUUGUGAAAGCCCAACACGAUGUCCUUGGACCGUACCAACAGAAGAGACAAGUUGAAUUUGAAUUGCAAUGGAUAAAGAGGGUCUUCCAGAACAGCGACUCAAACGUUGUGUUGUCUCCUUUCUCAAUUCAAAUGCUACUUGUGUUACUGAACGAGGCAACAGCAUCCACAAAUGAAGAGCUUCAUCAAGUGAUCGAUUCAUUUGGACAGAGCCGGAGCGAAGGAUUUUUUAAGGAUGCGCUCGCUUCGGCUCAGGAGCAAAACGAACACUUUGAUCUGAACAUUGCCACCAAUUUAUUUGUGGACGAUUUCAUAGAUGCAACGAUCAAGUUUCAGCAGAUCGCCAGAGUUUUCUAUGACGCAUUGGUCGAGAAGGUGUCCUACUCGAAGCCCACAGAAGCCGCCGCCAUCAUCAACCGAUGGGUGUCGGAUUCAACGAAAGGGCGGCUGCGUGAGAUCGUCACGCCCGAUGGUCUGGAGGGAGCCGUCAUUACGCUUAUCAACGUGAUCUAUUUCAAGGGACUGUGGACAUUCCCGUUCCCUGAAAUCCCGAACAACUCAAAGCCGUUCAAUGGAUCGCGUGGCAAGACAAGCAACGCGAUGUACAUGGAGCAGAACGGUCACUUCUACUACGACAACUCGGCCGAGCUUGGAGCACAGAUUCUGCGCCUACCGUACCGUGGCAACAAGCUGGCCAUGUACUUUAUCCUUCCGAACCAGGGCAACUCGGUGCAGUCGGUGUUGGACCGUUUGGACAACGAGGUGCUGCACCGUGCCCUCUGGUACAUGGAUGAGAGCGAGGUCAAUGUGACCAUCCCGAGAUUCAAGAUUGACUUCAGUGAGACGCUUAAUGAACCUCUACAGGCGAUGGGAAUCAAGGAAAUUUUCUCCGUGAAUGCCUCGUUGUCGCUGCUGGCUAGAGGCCGUGGAGUUGAUGGUAAAAUACGCGUGUCUCGUAUCUUACAGAAAGCCGCUAUCACCAUCAACGAGUUCGGUAGUGAAACCCAAUCGUCUGCAGAAACUUCACUGACCGGUAAAUUCGGAGGAAAUGAGGUGCAGACAUUCACCGCCAACCGGCCAUUCAUUUUCUUCAUCGAAGACGAAGCAUUCGGUACCAUGCUGUUUGCCGGCAAGGUUGAGGAUCCACAAAUCUACCAAGAAAGCAUCAUCACAAGUGAAACUCACAGCUCACAGAAGACAUCGUUCGGCAGCAGAGGGUUCAUCUCGAUCUUCUCCGCCGUUUGUUACAUUUGGUUGUGCUCAGCCAUGAAGAAGUUUAGUUUGGUGAUACUGUGCUUUGCCACAGUUUUAAUGUUUGUCGUUAACGCCCAACGUGACGCCCAUGGACCCUAUCAACAGAAGCGACAAGUUGCCUUUGAUCUGCAGUUUCUUAAGGAAGUUUUUCAAAAGCAAAACUCCAACGUAGUCCUUUCGCCGUUCUCGGUGAAAAUCCUACUCACUCUGAUCUAUGAGGCAUCGGACACUAACUUUGGCAGCUCCGUGUCCCAGACAAACAAGGAACUGAAUGCCGUUAUCCAACCGGAAGGCAUUGAAAAGACGCGCAGCUUCUACAAGGAUUUGCUCGCUUCGGCUCAGGAGCAAAACGAAGACUUUGACCUAAACAUUGCCACCAACUUCUACGUGGACGAUUUCAUUGAGGUGAUCAACAAAUAUCAGCAGAUCGCCAAAGCGCACUACGAUGCGUCGGUAGAGAAGGUGUCCUACUCGAAGCCCACAGAAGCCGCCGCCAUCAUCAACCGAUGGGUGUCGGAUUCAACGAAAGGUCGGCUGCGUGAGAUCGUCACGCCCGAUGGUCUGGAGGGAGCCGUCAUUACGCUUAUCAACGUGAUCUAUUUCAAGGGACUGUGGACAUUCCCGUUCCCUGAAAUCCCCAACAACUCAAAGCCGUUCUAUGGAUCGCGUGGCAAGACAAGCAACGCGAUGUACAUGGAGCAGAACGGUCACUUCUACUACGACAACUCGGCCGAGCUUGGAGCACAGAUCCUGCGCCUACCGUACCGUGGCAACAAGCUGGCCAUGUACUUUAUCCUCCCGAACCAGGGCAACUCGGUGCAGUCGGUGUUGGACCGUUUAGACAACGAGGUGCUGCAUCGUGCCCUCUGGUAUAUGGAUGAGAGCGAGGUCAAUGUGACCAUCCCGAGAUUCAAGAUUGACUUCAGUGAGACGCUUAAUGAACCUCUACAGGCGAUUGGAAUCAAGGAAAUUUUCUCCGUGAAUGCCUCUCUGCCACUGCUGGCUCGUGGCCGUGGAGCCCGCGGUGAAGUGCGCGUGUCUCGUAUCUUCCAGAAAGCCGGUAUUACCAUCAACGAGCUUGGAAGUGAGGCCUACGCUGCUACCGAAAUCCAACUGGUCAACAAAUUCGGAGGAGAUGGGGUGCAGAUAUUCACCGCCAACCGGCCAUUCAUUUUCUUCAUCGAAGACGAAGCAUUCGGUACCAUGCUGUUUGCCGGCAAGGUAGAGGAUCCGUCCAUCUAGGCUAACCGACUCCGGCCCGUUGCCGCCCUCUUCAAUCGUCGGUGGACGCAGGGUGUAUCACCCCAUAUUCUGCAAAAAAUUUUACAAACGAGACACCAAUAAAAAAACACUUCAAGCCCCUUCGGGAACGCAAAGUAAA